AUCUGUAAACAUCGCGGCGGCGCGCUAGCGGUCGAUCGCAAAGCGGGCUGAUGCAACUUUUCGAGGGAAUGAGAAUGUCUCCUAACACGUGUAAAACCACGUCAGAUUAGUUUUUAUUCCACGUGUCAAGAAUGUAUUGGUUGUUUACACCAAAUAAACGUGUACUUUGGCGAGCUUUUGGCAUAAAUUUAAACUGUUCCUCUAAAAAAAUUACAUUUUCUUCAGCCUAUACAGUGAACAGACACAUCACGAUAAAGUCGCCCGCCGUUCACCUGAGUGGUUUUUAAUCGCCAUCUAGCGAGUUUGAGCAUCAGUUACUGUGUCAUUUACGCUCGACUAAUUAUCAGACGGACCGCGUUUGUCAUCUUAAUUUCAAGUUGUCAAACAUUUCCCGCACGAUCAUCAAGACAGCAAUGAUGUCGUCUCUGAGGCUACCCAAGAUAUGCGCCGUGGCGCUCCUGCUUGCUGCCGCGGGCACAGACGGCAGGAUUCCGCUUCAUCAGUCUGGUUCAAGUUGCAAUCAACCAGCCAGCAACCGACCAAUCUGCAGUGUCCGCUCUCCAUCAUCAGCACAACUGAUGAACUCUUUCUUCCGAGAACCUUGGGUUGACCAUCACGACCCUUGGCAUGACCCCUUUGGCUGGGGUCACCACUUCCUUCCCAUUCCAUUGGGUAUUUCCCAUCAACCCUUUGGAGCUGGACUGUCAAUUCUGGGCCCUAGAUCCCUUUCGGCUGACAGGACUCCAAAGAUUGGCUGUCAGAGAUGCCAAGACAAUGCUGCCAAGAUGAACAAGAAAGGCAUACAGAAUGAAGGCCCACGUCAACAAAAGGUCGAUCCAGGUUGCCAAGGACAAGAAUCUGACGAUCAAUGGCAUGCACAGAAAACACAAGAUGACAUCAAGAAGGAGAGACAACAAAAGUGGAGGGAAGAGCAGCAACAGCAGAUGGAAGAGCAGAGACAUCAUCAGGAGGCGAGGCAGAGGAUGCUGGAGGAGGAAGAGCUCAAGCAACGCCAGGAGGAGAGGAGAUUAGAAGAGGAGAGAUGGAGGCAGCAAAAACGACAGCAGGAGGAGGAGGCCAGGAGGCAGAGACAGCUCUGGGAGGAGGAAGAGCUGAGAAUUAAGAAAGAGUUGAGGGAGAAACAGGAGCGGGAGGCAGCGGAGAGGCGCAUCCAGGAGGAACAGGCAAUGAAACGGAGAAGGAUGCAAGAGCAAAAGGUGGCCGAUGAGAGGAAACGAAGGGAAACAGGCUGGAAUCAUCCAAGCCAGGGAACGAAAGACAACAUAAGAAAUCGUCACGGGAGCUCCCAUCAAAACCAGCAUCAGCACUUCAGGAAGAUCGAGGUGGCUUCUCUGGACCUCCCAGGUUACACACCCGAGGAUCUGUCUGUCACUACCUCGGGCAACAGGCUAGUGGUGGAAGGGAAACACGUCUGCGACUGUCAUGAGCAGUGCACGGAAAAGGAGUUCAAGCGUGGUUUCGAGAUCCCUAGAAACAUCGACCCGACCAGCCUAGAGGCGAAACUCGUACAAGGCGGGCGGUUGACGAUCAGCGGGAAUCAGUACAACACCCACGUCCAACCAACUGGCGAUUUGAAGGUUUCCGUCGAAGGAGAUGGCUCGUUCUCGCCGCGGCUUAGGAACGUUGACCCAACGUGCGGAGGGACAAGGACAGGUUUCAAACUGAAGAAGAUGAACAGAAGGACAGGGAAAAUUGUUGAAGAUGUUGAGGACCUUGUGCAGGAAAUGCACGUCAGGAGGUUUGAAGAUGAAGUCAAUGAGGAUGGGAUUACCAUGGAAGUGGAAUAUUAACAUUACAACAGCUCGGACGAAAAACGACUCCAAAAUUUCAAUGCCCAAAAGUACAUUUGUAGCAAAUCCAUGAUACUGAUGGCUGCUGGUCCACAGGCCUCUUCCAGUUUUUUGUCUAUCACGCAAUCUUACAUCAAACCCUGUGAACAAAAUUGUGCAAAGUUCACUUUCACGAAGCGAUGAUUUGAAAACUUGUCCUCAUAAUUUGGAAUCAGAAAGGACUAAUUCAGGUCUAAGUUUUGAUCCCUAGUUUACAAGCUCUUGGAUACAAAAACAAUUAAAUACAGUGAUAGAAUAGCUUUAACAUUUCUCCAACAAAACCAGAGGGCUUCCGACCACUUUGAAUAAUGUAUUCUAGUUCUAGGCGAAGGACUCUUCACAAUUACAAUUUACACAUAAAAUUAUGUGGAGCUUUGGACACAUUGUGAAAUUUCCCAACUACUUGGGCUGGGAUAGUAGUCUGGUGUUACCCUGUCCCUGCACUUACAAAUUAAAAUUUCUUGCUAUUUUGGAAUACUUCAGUAUAUUGAGCACACUGGUUGUGUUACAAGUGAUUUUAUAUGUUUAUUUGCUUACCUCUUUUUUAAAGCUAUGUUAUAAAAUUCAUGUUUUUAUUUUAAACUUAUAUUGGAACCAUGAAGGUGAUAUUUCACAUGAUUUCUUACUUCAUUAGAAUUAGAAGUAGCUAUAGAGUAGAGGUUCUUGUUAAAGCCAAAGAGAAAAAAAAGGUUUUUAAAGUAUUUGUAAAAAUAUCUUGUUACAACCAGAAGUCUAUUCAAAGAAAAUCAAUUUGCAAACUGUACGAAUCAGUUUGAGUAGUAAUGAUGUACAGUAUGUGCAAUGAGUACAAGGGCGGAUCCAGGGGGGGCCAAAGGGGGCCAUGGCCCCCCCCCCCCCCCCAAAAACGAAACCAAUUUUUU